AUGAUGGCGCAUAACGUCGUUUCCCAAGUCUGUGUUAUAUGUGACGUUGUUUUAUCGAGUCCUUUAAAUGGACCGCUUUGCAAGCACUGUCACACGUUUAUCCAUCGCCAAGGUAGAAAUUCUGAAAGGAAAGUCUGCAUUCGCCACAAAGAAGAAAAUCCAACCAUAAGCCCACAACAAGGAAGCAUCGUACAAGGCACAAAAAUCGAUGAUAGUUUGGUUAAAUGUUUGCCCACUCAAAUUCUCAUGCAUAUUUUCUCAUAUCUGGACGAUGAGGGGCUGAUCAAAUUAUCGCUAGUGUGUCAAAGAUGGCGCAUGCUCACUGUAAAAUCAAUAAACUGGAAGGUGCAUUUUGAGACAAAAUGGCCCAUCUUUUGUCCCCAUGGUGUAGUCACAUCUUGGCAAGAUCUAUUUUUGAAAAUGUUGGAAGCCUCAACUUGUUUGCCAUGUCUAGAAGAAAGUUUCAACAAGUUAGUCAAAUUCUUCCGUAAACAAUAAGAUUUAAUUCUAAACACGAUCAUCCUAGAUACACCACUGACACGCUAUAGCGUAAAUUAAAUAAUAAAUUCAAAAUACCCGAACGUUAUUCGUUAUUACUUUCUAAAUAGUACAAAAACGGAAAUGUCUUAACAAUCUUUCGAAAUAUGAUUAUAUCCAAGAAUGAGCUAUUGUGAUUCAUUUUUAUGUAACUUACCCUAGAUCCACUACUGAGCUGAUACUUUACAGG